AUGAUGUCGGGUGCAGCCGCCAAUGGCCCUGUAACAAUUGCUUCGGUGGAGGCUCAGAGAAAGUUAUCUUCUGAUGAUAUCGUCCAAGAUGACGUCAAAGUGGAAGAGUCCGAGUUGAAAGCCACGGACCUGCCUGCCCUCGCGGCGAAGAAUGAACUCCGUGACUUAGGGUAUCUGCCCGAUGACCAAAAUCUGUUGUUUGGAAAUGCAGCUCCGACGGCCGACAAGUCAGUAUCAGAUCAAACUACCGAGGCCAUAUCUCCAGAGAUGAGAAACGUGUUACGUGUUUUGCCUCCAAAACCCUACACAGAUAUUCUAGUUGAGCGAUACCUGGAAGUCACGAAUUACGGCUACUACUGUUUAUACCCUCCCACUUUCUCACAAGACUACGCAGCAUGGUGGUCCGAUCGAGCCAAGGGUAGGACACUCACACCAGAAUUCACCUGUCUGCUCACCCGAGUCUGCGCAUGUUCAGCUCAGUACCUCGACGUUGAGAUCCAGCAGAAAUUAGAGUCCGAACUGGGUGAAUCUGUCCAGAGCCUUUCAGAAAGCUAUCAUCACGCUGCCAAGCAACUAAGCAACACGAUUCCUCCAGGAAAAGGAGGACUGGCUCAAAUUCAGCAACUCUUUCUUAUGGCGGGUUGGUACAAGUCCGAGUCAUUAUUUGUUGAAUCAUGGCAUGCUUUGACUUGUGCAAUACAUGAGGCUCAGGAACUUGGUAUGCACAAAAGUGCUCCAAGAGCGGGCUUAUCAGAAUUCGACAUUGAAAUGAGACGUCGAAUGUGGUGUCUCUUAUAUGUAUGGGAUUGGCAAAUGUCGUUACUGCUUUCUCGUCCACUCAUUAUCAAUCAACAUUACUGUCCUGUCGAGCUCCCGAAUAUGCAGCUUGAAUGUCACGAUCCCAACAUGGGUCCGCCUUCCCCGUUCUGCCAUAUAGCUUCUCAGUGUGAACUUGGCAAGAUUAUUUCGCGGGUGCCAGAUUUCGGAGAAUUGGUUGAUCCCAUUCAAGCCAACUCCAUCAAAGUGGAUAUAGAUCAGUGGUUCUUGUCUCUUCCACCAGCCUACCGAGAAAUGGAUCCAGAUACACAAUGGGAUACGAAACAUCUCUAUGUACCCCUCCAACGUCACCAACUACAGGCAAUCGGAUACAUGACAAUGCUAUUACCGUUCAAGGCAUUCCUCACCAAGACAUUCGACAGUCGGAGCUCCGAAACGGAGAAGGCACUACGAAGCACAGCCGUCGAUAUUACCGUGCACUUAAUGGACGUUUCUCACGGACUAUUCAAUCAUGUCUACCCGCUAAAUGCCAAGUUCCACCUCGUCACAUUUCUAAUCUUUGAUACCGCUGCAUUCCUAUGCUCCGCAAUGAUUCACGACAAGGACCGCAGUCUCCUGCAACGUGAAAAUAUCAUCCAAAAGAUCAGCCUCGCCUGCUCUCUCAUGCAGAAACUUGCCCAGGUCACCAAAACGGGCGCAAUCUGCUAUCCAGUUCUCGUGAGACUUGCGAAAGGCAUAUCAAAAUCUUCAAAACGAGCUACCUCUAGCCUCGAAAUCACCGGUGCUGGCCCCUCGCCAGAGUUAGAAACGGACUUAUUCCCUCCUUUGGGAUCUAUCUCUACGGAAUCGCCAUCUUCGUCGUUGGCUUCUUUGGGUUCGAAUCAGAUUUUCUGGCCUGCUUCGCUAGAUUUUCCGAUACCAGGAAUGAACACCCCGCCGGUUAUUGGUGUGGGCGACUUUUCAAAUUUGGAAGUUGGUCAGUUUGACCAGAUUUGGGACUGGCAAAAUCUUGACUUGACUUUGUUUCCUGCAUGA